AUGUCCCUUCCUUUUCCCGUCGUUGUGCCACUGACUUGCGACUUUAUCCCUCCCCCAGAUCUUUUGGGUACCAACAUAUGCGGGACACGCCCUGCAUACGCACCAGACCAAUACAGGGUUCUUGGUGGUACCAACGCACGCCAAGGGGAAUUCCCUUGGAUUGGUUCACUCCGCAUCGAAGGAUUGGAUUUUGGAGGACAUUGGUGUGGGUCUACCCUGAUCAACUCUCAAUGGGUUCUUACCGCCGCUCACUGUGUUGAAUACUACGUCGAUCGUGUGGUUUUUGGGAACGCACAUUUGACGGAUGACUCCGACAACGAGGUAGCGGUUGAGGUGGCUGAUAUUUUUGUCCAUCCCGAGUACGACACCAAUUGGUUCUUCAACGACAUCGCUCUGAUACGACUUGCUGAACCGGUGACAUUCAGUGAUUACGUUAGACCCGCGUGUCUCUCGGAAUCCUCGGAUGAACUCAAGGACUAUCGUCGCUGCUUAGUCGCUGGAUGGGAAACAUUGACAUUGUAUAGCCGACAAUUUGGACACACUGACUAA